AUGGUUACGAUGAAUUUGGAUAUUAAUUACACAUCAUGUUCCUAUCUCUUCUUCACAUUUGUUACCAUCUUCCUUCUUCACAGACUAUUCAGCUCCUCUAGUCGCCGAGGUCUUCCUCCAGGACCGCGAGGACUUCCGCUUCUUGGUCAUAUGCAUCUUCUACGGUCAAGCAUCCCUCGUUCUUUGCAAGCCUUGGCUCACACGUACGGUCCUCUCAUGACCAUACGCAUCGGAUCACUUCGAGUCCUCGUUGUCUCAGAUUCCGACACAGCUAAGCAAAUCCUCAAGACUCACGACCCUGAUUUCGCCUCCAAGUUCGUCUUUGGUCCGAGACAAUUCAACGUCUACAAAGGAGCAGAGUUCUUCAAUGCACCUUAUGGACCUUACUGGAGGUUCGUGAAGAAGCUAUGCAUGACCAAGCUAUUCGCGGGUUAUCAGCUCGAUCGAUUUGUAGAUAUAAGAGAAGAGGAAACUUUAGCACUACUGAGAUCUCUCGUUGACAGAUCGAGAAAUGGAGAGGCGUGCGAUCUCGGUUUGGAGUUCACUGCUUUGACCACAAAGAUCUUAUCAAGAAUGGUUAUGGGGAAACGUUGCCGCCAAAACUCGAAUCUUCCCAUAGAGAUCAGGAAGAUCGUGAGUGAGAUAAUGUCUUGCGCCACAAGGUUCGGGUUCAUGGAGCUAUUUGGACCGUUACGGGAUUGGGAUGUGUUUGGGAAUGGUAAGAGGCUUAGAUCUUCCAUUUGGCGGUACGAUGAGUUGGUUGAGAAGGUAAUGAAGGAAUAUGAAGUCGAUAAGAGCAAUGAUGAAGGAGAGAAAGAUAAAGAUAUCGUUGAUAUCUUAUUAGACACGUAUAAUGACCCAAAAGCCGAACUCAAAUUGACUAUGAAUCAGAUCAAAUUCUUCAUCCUUGAGUUGUUCAUGGCCAGCCUAGAUACGACCUCUGCAGCUUUACAAUGGACAAUGACAGAGCUAAUCAACCAUCAAGAUAUCUACACGAAGAUCAGAAACGAGAUCAAAUCGAUUUUAGGAAACACGCAUCGGUUAAUCAAAGAAUCAGAAUUGCAGAAGCUUCCUUACCUACAAGCAGCUAUCAAGGAGACAUUGAGACUUCAUCCAGUGGGACCAUUACUACGCAGAGAAAGCAACAGAGACAUGAAGAUCAAUGGGUACGAUGUAAAAUCCGGGACAAAGAUCUUCGUAAAUGCUUACGGGAUAAUGCGUGACCCAACCACAUACAAAGAUCCCGACAAGUUUAUACCUGAGAGGUUUCUUGUUAUGGAGCAGAAAACAGAGAGAACGAAGGGUUAUUACCAGCAAUAUAUGUUGGAAUUAAAAGGUCAGGAUGUGAAUUAUCUUGCGUUUGGGAGCGGAAGGAGAGGAUGUCUUGGAGCUUCUCACGCUUCUCUGGUGCUAAGUCUCACGAUCGGAUCACUCGUCCAGUGUUUUAAUUGGACGGUGAAAGGGGACGAAGGCAAAAUCAAGAUCAAACUACCUACCGGCUUUUCGGCUUCAGGCACUGCAGGAGGAAGUUCUCUGAUGUGUUCUCCUGAGUUAUAUUUUGAUCCAUUCGGAUACCAAACUAAGUAA